ACUAUUGCACUGGCUCGGCAAACAGAACUCGCGGCCGGGCCGGUUUGACUGGGCUGUUUUACGACCAGCGCUGCAAAUGUGCUGUCGUGCCAAAAUUGCCUAUGCGUUAGGGCAACGGUCAAAACGUUGGUUUCCUUUACACAUCCGACCCGCGCGACUUGGGCUUUGGUGCAGUCAGCCAGUUCAUUUGCAAAACGCAAGGCCCCGUAGUUCCGGGACGUACUUAAGAGCAAGCACAAAGGAUGGAGGAAGCUCGGAAUCAGCUGCGAGCAGCAAAGGGACCAGCCCAGCUGCGAGCCUGGCGCUGCAGCUGGAGAACGCAGUCAGCGAGAUGCGGAGGGAGCCGGCGCUGCUGGCGAUGUCUUUGGUCUACCUUGUCCAGGGCUUGAGCGACAUGGCCUGGCUGGCGGAGAAGUACUUUCUGAAGGACGACCUCGGAGCCAGUCCGGCCCAGGUGUCUCUGUUCCUGUCCCUGGCCUCGGUGCCGUGGAUGGUGAAGCCGGUGCUGGGCUUCAUCAGCGACAGCCUGCCGCUGUGGGGGUACAGGCGGCGGAGCUACCUGCUGCUGGCCAGUGUAGCGGCUGCUGGCUCCUGGGUGUACCUGGCUGUGGGCGCCUCCAGCCUGGCCGCCACGCUGUGGGCCAUGGUGCUGGGCAGUGGCGCGGUGGCGCUGAGCGACGUGGUGGUGGACUCCAUGGUGGUGGAGAAGGCCAGGGAGGAGGAGCAGGACUCUGCCGGCAACCUGCAGUCGCUGUGCUGGGCCGCCUACGCGGUGGGGCAGGUGGCCACCGCGGCGCUCAGCGGCAGCCUGGUGGAGGCGCAGGGGCCGCGCUUCGUGUUCGGCCUCACCGCCGCCUUCCCGCUGCUCAUAGGCGCGGCCAGCCUCAUGGUGCACGAGGAGCGCGUCAGUACGGAGGCGGCGCUGCGCGGCCUCACCGCCUCCAUUGAGGACACCUGGAGCAGCGACGACGACGAGGCGGACUGGGAGCCGGGGGCAGGAGGAGGAGGAGGAGGAGCUGGCUGGGAGGCGGCGGCGGGGGCGGCGGGAGGGGCGGCGCUGGCUGGGACGUCGUUGCCGGUCGCGGCGGUGGUGGUGGCGGCGGAAGCGGAGGCGGAGCAGGCGACUCAGAGCUCGGGGAGGAGCGCUGCGGCGGACUGGGGGCAGGCCGGUGGCGGCGCUGGGUCCGGGACGGGGCCUUGGGCGGCGUGGAGUGGAGCUGCCGGUGGGCGUGGCGGGUACGGCGCAGCAGCGCCCACACCAACACAAGCAGCAGUGGCACCGCUGCAGCUGGAGCCUGGGGGGACGGCGGCCGCAGCGGCCCCUGACCCGGAGGUGGCCGCGGCGGCGGCUCGGGCCCAGGUGGCGGCGGCGGCACUGUUUGCCUCACCGCCAUCCCUACCACUACCACCACCACCACCACCACUACCACCACUUCCAGGCACCACCUUCACCACCAUCACCUCGCCACUUGACUCCUGGGGCCCGCCCGCGGCGCCACUGCCCGGGUCGCCCUGCCUGGGCGGCCUGGCGCCUCCUGCCCCUGUAGACGUGGGCGCGGCCGUGACGCCCUUGGCACUGCUGCCGGAGAUCUCCUCCGCCAGCAGCAGCAGCAGCAGCAGUGGCGGCGGACUGGUGUUGUCACUGUUGCCGCCGCCCGUGCCCGCGCCCAUCCCCUGCCCCACCACCGCCGCGCUGCACACCACGCCCGCCUCCCCUCGCGGCCGGCACCGGCGCCCCGGCGGCAGCCGCACCCACAAGCCGCUGCCCUCGCCCUCGGCCCUGGCCGCCGCCACUGCGCUGGCGCCUCGGCCGCACCCGCCCAGCCUGCGCGAGCGGGGCGCGGCGCUGGCUGCCGCCGCCGCCGCCGCCCGCAGCAGCAUGCUGAGCCACGGCUCUGCGCUGUGGACGGCGCUGUCCGCGCCCGCCAUUGCCUGGCCGGUCACGUUCCUCAUGCUGCUCAGCGCCACGCCGGCAGCGGAUGACGCCGUGUUCUUCUUCGAGGUUGAGGCCCUGGGCUUCACGCCCUCCUUCCUGGGCGCCGUGCAGCUGGCCAUCGCCGUGGCCUCGCUGGCGGGCGUGUGGCUGUACAACGCCGCCUUCAAGGGCGUGCCGCUGAGGUCCUUCCUGCUGUGGGGCAACCUGCUGGGCGCGGCGCUGCAGUGCUCGGACCUGAUGCUGGUGGCGCGCGUCAACACGUGGUUUGGCCUGGACGACCGGCUGUUUGUGCUGGGCGGCUCGGUGGUCACCUCCGUCAUCACCAACGUGCUGUCCAUGCCCACACUGGUGCUGGCGGCGCGCCUGUGCCCCAAGGGGCUGGAGGCCACCAUGUUCGCCACCAUCAUGUCGCUGCUCAACAUGGCGGACGGCGUGCGCUACGCCGGAGGUGCGGGCCUCAUGGCGGCGCUGGGCGUGAGCGGUGGCUCCUACGACAACCUGCCGCUGCUGGUGGGGCUGUGCAACGCCUGCCUGCUGCUGCCGCUGCCGGUGCUGGCGCUGGUGCCCGCCAACCUGGACUGCGCCGAGCUGGCGGCCAGCGCAGCAGCCAGCACGGACGGAGGGGCGGAGCGGAGGGGGGCUGGCGCGAGGGGGCAGGGGGAGGAGGACGAGUGCGAGUUGAGCGGGCUGGAGGAGGAGGGGAACCAGGCGGCAGCUGUGCCGGUGCCGGUGGUGGGGACGCAGCAGGCGGCGGUGGCGACAGGUCCCGCAGCCCUCACUGUGCAGACGGCGCCGUCCGUGUCAGCCGGCGGCACACCGGCACCCAGGGCAGGCGCGGCGGCGGGCGUGGCGGCGGCAGCAACAGCAGCAGCAGCAGCGGGUGCCGAGGACACCUCCGCUGCGGCCCCUGGCUCUGUGUCUGGGCGCAGCCGCAGCCCACACAAGAAGCCCCAGCCGCACCUGCACCCGCACAGCCACUUCGGAGACCCCAGCCAACACCAGCCGCUGUCGGAGCAGACCUGGCGCCAGGGCUGGGACCCCAACUGGCCGCCGCAGCCGCCGCAGCAGCAGGGGCAGCAGGGCGAGGGCGGAGUGGACCCGGCCCCUGGCGCUGAUGGCGGCGGCAACGUUAAUGGCGGCAACGGUGGCGGUGGUGCUGCUGUGGCUGCAGACCGCAAUGGGGCGGGGCCGGCGGGGGUGCAGGCUGCCGGGAACGGCAACGGGACCGGCGGGGCCGGCGGCACAGGGGACAAGGCCAACGGGCAGGGCAGGGCUGAUGCGCUGUCCGGGACAGCAGCCGGCGGGGGUGAGGGGGAGGUCGCCCGGGUGGCGGCGCGGGGGCCGUGACCACCCGGGCGUUGUGGGUCGGAGCGACCGCGUGGGGCGCACAGGGAGGCGCCGGGGCGCUUCGGGCCGCCGACCGCACCACCGGCCGCUCCUGUAUCAGAAGGGAGUGUGUGCGGGGCCCAGCGGUGCGUGGCGCGCACCGCACAGCUCUAUGCGUGUGCGGCUCGUGCAGUUCGUGUCGCACAGCCUGUCACGGGAUUCAUCCCGCUAUACGGUGUGGUGAUUAAAAUGCCAUACCCGAAUGCAAGCAUUUCAUCAUGGCGUAUCGUGAGUGCCAUCAUGUCCAUGACAUAACCCCCGUGACCGCAUACGAGCAACCGCCUGUGGGGCCUAACGGACUGCGUUGGCCACACGCACACACGCACACACAGACCCAGCUUGGAACGCGGGAGGGGGCGUAGGGCUCUAGGCUGUGAACCUACACACACUGAGCCGCAGCGGACGUUGCUAAGGCGCUGUAUGCAGAGCAGUAAAUGCACUCCUACGGCACAGCUUGCAUUCAUGCGAGCCUGUACACUUGAAGAUCGACCUACAAGACGUCUGCCCGUCAUUUUCGUUGGCGUGCACAUGGUUGCUGUUUGUGGGGAUAAUGGGGGGGGGCCUUGAUGCGUGGCAUCGUGGCACUUGCCUCCGUACCCGUCCUGUAUCCUGUGCGUUGUGUCUCUGUUGCCUUGGCCGUCAAUAUAUGUGGCCUUCAGCGCAUUGCUCUUUUUGUUCAUUUCAAUUUUACGUAUGCGUAACCUGUUGUGUGCUGCCCUGCCGUAUAUCACAUACCUGAGAGAGGAGUGCUAAGGUUGCAUAGGUGUGCGCGUGUGUUGGUGUGUGUCGUUGUACAGAGCGAACCUCCCCUGUCGUUGUGUGUGUCGUGCCGAUGUGGGGUGGGGUAACAAGCUCAAGUUCCUGGGACUGUGCUGACAUGUGAUGCGGUACUCGCACGCCGUCGACACGUAUUACUCGUAUAUCAUCUUGUUAAUGAAGCGUUGGCUGCAUGACACCUGUGAUUCCAGGACAGGAUAGCACGCACUGGUUGACAUAUGUGCAGCGUAUGGGUGUGCGGUUGGAUGCAUGGCUAGAUGCGUAGGUACGUGCGCCAGGGUCUGACGCAACGCUGCCACAUCAGCGCUUGCUGCAGCCGUGGCCGGAUUGGAGGUGGGGCCGAUGCUCGUGUGGGGCACCAAGAUAAAUUUUGCCUGGAUCCAGAGCUGAUGGAACCGGUACCUCUCUGGACCCGGUCUCAAGAUUUCAGUUUCCAGUCUUUUAUUUGCAACGCGAUUUCUGAAG